UGACCUCUCCUUGAGCUGGGGUGGCUGAGCCGUUGGCUGCCAGGUAGGUGUCUCUCCACCCUCUCAGGAGAUCCUGCUGAAGAAUCAGAAUAGAGAGAAGAAUAGACAGCAGAAUAGAGAGAAGGAAGCGGCGGAUUUCCGACAUCUCUCAAAGCCCAUGGAUCCAGCCUAGGACCUGCGUAGGACUUGGUGGUUUGAAGGGUCAAUAAAUUGCCUCCUCUGAGUGGCUGUGGCUGCGUUUCUGUCCUCUGCACCUGCAGCAACGCUGUGUUGUACUCUCAGCCCCCAGGCCAGGGGCUUUCCGAGACAGCCCCGGAUGUUGGCCCGCAAAUGCCCUGCGUCUGUGUCUGCGCCCUCCCUGCACCCUACGGAGGAAGUAGACACCCAGCCUUGAUUCUGAGGCCACAGAAGUGCUGUGCCCUGCGACCCCGGCUGACAUGGACGUGAUGAUCCACCCAAGCCUUCUGAGAGGAGCUGCGUCAAGGCCUGGAGUGGCCCUGCUGCUCUUCUUGCUGCUGUCCACCCAGGGUGCCACAGAGGUCCUCCUGCCCUCUCUGUUCCAGCCUCAGCCUUCUGUGCUGAGUGGACAAGGCAACCCCCAGAUCUGGUGUGUGGUGCGGGGUAGCCCCAUCAGGGCCCACGUCUUGUCCUGGUACCAGAAGCUGCAGGGGCGCAGCCCUACCUUUCUACUGAGCCAGCGACAUGGGGCUCCCCCGACCUACGGCUUGGGUGUGAAUUCCCGCUUCCUGGCAGAGAUGGAUCUGGCCCAGAAUGCUGCGCGCCUCACCGUGGGCAAUGCCAGCCCUGCUGACGAGGGCAUCUACUACUGUGCCAUGUGGUUCUCAGGCCUGUAUAUCUUUGGAGAGGGGACGCACCUGUUCUAUCAGGCGGAGGUGCAGGCUCCUGCACUCCCACCCCCAGCGCUGACCCUGUUUGUCCCAGCCUCUGGCACUCCCUCCCUGGCACUGUGUGUGGCCUUAGGACAGCACCCGGCCCCUCUGAGGAUCUCGUGGGUUCUGAGAGGCCAGCACCAGGAGGAGGACGAGUUCACAGGGAGGCCUGGGGGACCCCUGGUCAGCUGGCUGCAGCUGCCUCGGGAGGCGGCAGGGACAACGGUGAGCUGCCAAGGCCUGCACCAGAGUGGGGCCGCGGAGGCUGCGCUGCACCUGCCCAGGAAUCCAGGGUGCAGAGGGCUGGGCCUGAACUGGAAUGAGACUCAGGAGAGCGGUGGAGACAUCCCUCUGGCAGAGCUGGAGCACACCCUUGCUGCCAUCACCUACUGCUACCUGGGGCUGCUGGGUGCCACUCCCCUUUAUGGCCUGAUCCUGGUCACUGUCUGGAGGAAUCGCUUCCGCCUGGCCCACCCGCGGGUGCCUCCCACCCAAGAGGCUCAAGGAGCAGCCCCUGAUUCCAGGACCCAGGCGGGCAGGGGGCACAGUCCUGCCAGGACCCUGGAGGAUGAUGCACCAUGCGCCAGCAACCCGCAAGACCUCGCGAGCGCGGCCUGUGCCCCAGCCUCCACCGACAUCCAGCCAGCUUCCUCCUAGUCCCCUCCCCUCCUUCCCCUUUCGGCCUCCAGGCUGCCCACAUUGCUCCACAAAUACAGAGACUUUGAGGGAACUCUGCUGUGCUGUGCUGUGCUGG